AUGCAGCUGACUGGUUACUACUUUUUGGGCUGCAGUAUUUUCUUAGCUUCAGGAUACAACUCCUUUAGUAAGAGCAUGGAGGCGAUAGGGAAGAAGCAGUACCAGGUUCAGCACGGGCCAUGCAGCUACACCUUCCUUCUGCCCGAGACAGACAACUGCCCAUCGUCCACCUCCUACGUGCCCAACGCAGUGCAAAGGGAUGCGCCUUUAGAUUAUGAUGAUUCGGUUCAAAGACUGCAACUACUUGAAAACAUCAUGGAAAACAACACUCAGUGGCUAAUGAAGCUUGAGAAUUACAUCCAAGACAAUAUGAAGAAAGAAAUGGUAGAGAUCCAGCAAACUGCAGUGCAGAACCAGACUGCAGUAAUGAUUGAAAUAGGCACAAACUUACUAAAUCAAACAGCUGAACAGACCCGCAAAUUAACAGAUGUUGAAGCACAAGUAUUAAACCAGACAACCAGACUUGAACUUCAGCUUUUGGAACACUCUCUUUCAACAAACAAACUAGAAAGACAGAUUUCAGAUCAGACCAACGAGAUAACUAAAUUGCAAGAAAAAAACAGUGUUCUAGAAAAAAGAGUUCUUGAGAUGGAAGACAAGCACACACUUCAGCUGAAGUCAAUAAAAGAUGAAAAAGAUCAGCUUCAAGUCCUAGUAGCCAGACAGAAUUCUAUUAUAGAGGAACUAGAAAAGCAGUUGGUUACAGCUACAGUAAACAACUCAGUUCUGCAAAAACAGCAACAUGAUCUGAUGGAGACUGUUCAUAACUUGCUUACUAUGAUAUCUACACCUAACUCAGCUAAGAACAACUUCAUAGCUAAAGAGGAGCAAAUCAGCUUCAAAGACUGUGCUGAAGCUUUCAAAUCUGGACUGACAGCAAGUGGAAUCUACACCUUAACAGUUCCAAACACUGCACAAGAAAAGAAGGCCUACUGUGACAUGGAAAGUGGUGGAGGAGGUUGGACGGUCAUUCAGAGACGUGAAGAUGGCAGCGUGGACUUUCACCGGACAUGGAAAGAGUACAAGAUGGGAUUUGGUGAUCUUGCUGGGGAGUACUGGCUGGGAAAUGAGUUUGUUUCUCAGCUGACUAAUCAGAAGCGUUAUGUUCUUAAAAUACACUUGAAAGACUGGGAAGGAAAUGAAGCAUAUGCAUUGUAUGACCACUUCUCUCUAGCAAAUGAAGAACUAAAAUACAGGAUCUACCUUAAAGGACUUACUGGGACAGCAGGCAAAAUAAGUAGUAUAAGCCAACCAGGAAAUGAUUUUAGCACAAAGGAUGCAGACAAUGACAAAUGUAUUUGCAAAUGUUCACAAAUGCUAACAGGAGGAUGGUGGUUUGAUGCAUGUGGUCCUUCUAACCUCAACGGAAUGUAUUAUCCAUUACGACAGAACAACAACAAGUUCAAUGGUAUCAAGUGGUACUACUGGAAAGGCUCAGGAUACUCUCUCAAAGCCACGACUAUGAUGAUUCGACCAGCAGAUUUCUAAAUGCUUUUGCAUUAUGUGAAUUAUGUAUUGUAUAGUCUUCAAAGACUUCAUUUGCUGAACAUAUAUACACACAUCUGCAACUUGUCUCAUUUUCAAGCCCAGAAAAUACGUACUAGUGUUCUGAAGGGAUCAGUUGAGUACAAUUCCUGAAUUGCAAUAGCCGUGAUCAGCUAAAGCUCAUAUUAUUCAACCAGACACAAAGUCUAAAGCAUCAACUUGAUGUAACAGUGAUUUGGCCAAACAACUGAAUGAAAAGAACAUCCAAAAAACUGUCAGACAACUUAAAGACUCUGUUUUACUGAUCAUUUAUGUUAUGUAUGUGUUAGCAAAUAACUGGAACUGUGAAAAAUACCUAAAAUAGUUUUAGAAAUACGCAUUUUGCCUCAUCACUGAAGUUCAAUCAUUACUCUAAUAUAAAACACUUAACUAGAUCUAGAACUAUUUAUCUCUGUUUCAUGUUUGCCUUUUAUGUACAUAAAAAAAUACUGUCAUGUAAUUAGCUCAAUAUUGUAGUUGAUGAAUUCAUUCUUUCCUCCCAUAGUCUCCUAAACAACUUCUUUCACUUAUUCAGGGAUGUUUUCCAAUAGCCUGUAUUAUAUUGUUUAACAGAAGACAAACAGCAUUUAAGUACUUUGCAUUUACUCUUGGGAAAUACCAUGUACAAAAGUCACCAUUUCUUACAGCUUGUACUUACUACUGUCACUAUCUUUAAGUUACAAAAAUCCCUGCAAAUUACACUAUAGUAUGUAUUUCUUUAUAUUUUUAUGAAGAUUGCACUUUUUUUCUUUCCUUAUCAUUUAUCUGUAAAAUAACUGAUCAUUAUCUUAUAAACCGAGACAACGGCAUUAACAGCAGAUGCCUGGUUGUCUAUGACAAUCUGUUAUCACCUGGUGCUGUAGUACCUCUAUAUAUUUUGCAAAAAUAACCUAACUGAAAAAACAUAAUGCAUGUUUUUUGAUACAAUUAAAUCUAUGCUCAUGACUUAAGACACAUUUCUAAAAUAGGAAGAAAAAUCUGAAAGUUAUCUAAGGUCAUACUGUUGUUUUUUUCCAGUAAGGUUAGGACAUCUCCCUAGAAUUUCUCCGUACGUAGGCCCUCAAUGUAUGACACAAUGUGAAUAAAUUACUCUAC